AUGUAUCAAAUAUCAGAUAAUUUGUUAGUUAAUAGCUAACUUAAAGAAAAAUAUUAGUGGCUUAAUGAAUUAUAAGAUCAAAAUAUUUCUGACUUCUAAAUCAAUUUAUUUCGAGUUUGGUGUAUGGAUAUAAGCAAUGAUUUAAGUUUGAUGGCAGUUGGUGGUAUUAGUAAAGAUCAUACUGUUUUUAUUUAUAAUCAACAUAGUAUGGCCUUAUGUAAUUAAAUAUAUGUGACUUCUCAUUAAGUUUACCUGUUAUUAUUUUCUUAACAAGAUAAAUAUUUAUGUGCUGGCUGUUACGGGAAAUAAAUUCUUUUAUGGGAAGUAGAUGAUAUUAAGCAAAUUUAAAAUGCAAAAUAUAAAAGGGUAAUUCAAACAGAAUUUGGAGUAAUUGCAAGAAUAUUAUUUUUUGAUAAUGAAAGGAAACUAUGUUUUUAGGGAUAGUCUCAUUUAUUUAUAAUUGAUUUGGAGAUGAAUAGUUAAGCAAAGAUUAUUAAAAUCAAUCAUAAGCCAUAAUCCUUUGAUAUAAAUCAAUCCAAACUCUUUGAAGUUGGAAAAAGCAGCGUCAUAUACAUAAGGGAUAUCUGUAAAGAUUAAAUUAUAAGAUUUAUAUGCUGUAAUGUUUCUUAGCUCGAUGAGAUUGUAGUUUCAAAAAAAAACUACUUUCUGGUCGCAUCAAGCCACCAAAAUAUAUUCUGUUUUAAUACGAUAAAUGGAAAACUCCUAAGAAAAAGUAGGAUAUUUGGGAGAGCUUAAUCAAUAAAGCUAUCCGAGGAUGAUAAAUUUUUAACUUUUGUUAGCAUGCAGGCUUCAGUAUAACUUGACUAUAUACACAUUUUAAAUUUGGAGACGGACCAGCUCUUAUUAAAGUAUGCAACACAACUUUCUCAGCCCACAUUUAUUAAUAAAAUGAUGCCAAAAAAAUUUAUUUUUGGUAAAAUAAACUCAAUUGAAAUAUGGAACUUAAUACUUUGA